UGUGUUGAGUGCAGCCAAUCGUCAGUACAACCCCGCAAGACUACAACACGGCUGGGAGUGGGAGGGAGCACUUGGGAAGCAAAACAUGGCGAAAUAAGAAGUUUGGCUGUUGGCCGCAGUUUGAAAUUGCACCGUAUCUGUGGUGUGGGACUACAACUACAAGUUCAUAAUAUUUGGACGCCGGAGAACGAAAGCAACGUUUAACGUGAAAGAGUCGAGGGCCCCAGUUUAGAAGUAUUACGGUGGCUGGUUGAAAACAUAGUGCCUGCCUGUCUGCCUGUGUUUUCCCCGGAAGGUUGGUGGUGCUAGGCGCGACUGUCAACACAGAAAAUGGAAGAAGACGGAAAGUUUUUGCUGGAAAAGACUGUUUAGCCUUCCAGUUUAGCUGCGUUAGCUAGCCUGUUAACGUUAUACUGACUGCGCGCACCUGGCUCUGUAUUCGGAUUAACGUGCGCUCUGGUCGAAAUUGAGGAAUAUUAAAGUCGUGUUAACAAGUUUGACAACUGCAGUUGCAUAUAAUCGUAUUUCAAACGAGGUCCUCAUUUUUAUUUCCCAGACUUAGCCUUAAGUAAUAGUCUGGAAGGACGGCUAUUUAAGGCAUAUAAUGACAGGCUGACAGUCGGUUCUGGUGCGGUGCGGACGGACCCGGACGCCAUCACAUCAGACGUUGCGUCCUUAAAAACAACCAUUGCGUUGCUGAACCGUAAAUGUGAUUUUAUACUUUAUCGGCGUAACAAGGAAUGGUUCAGUGGAACAUCUGGCAUUGUUCUCCCGCGACACACAUCAUUUUAUCAUAUAGAACAGUAGCAGGGAUGUUGUACAGCAGCAAAGACGCGGCGUUUUGUCAAAAUGAACGCAGCAAGGUGUUCAACAAAAUUGGAGGUGCAUCGCAUUGAAACCCUGCCAGUUGUUGGAACGGUAACGUUACCACUGACCGGCUAACGGUGACGUUAUCAGGUUGUUUAAAUUUCUUAAUUUAAGUUGGAUGUGUUUUGAUCAGGUAUUGCAGCCGACAUUUCUGUAAACCAACUGCGGAUAGCAUAGCUCUCGGCCAGAGUUGACGUGAGCUAGCCAGCUGGGUGCGUCUGUGGCAGCUCUAUCUGCGAUGUGUUUGGUAAUCUAAGUGCUACAGUUUCAGCAUAUUAGACUGCCGGUUUGCUAUAUUUGUGAAUAGAUAAGCCCGUGCAAGCACGUUUUAGCAGCCAUUUACAUUUUCCCAAGCACUUCUUGUCUAAUAACUGGCUAACUUGUUAGCUCACGUUCUAAGUUUGGCCAGCAAUGUCUGAAAACGCCCCCACACGAAGCCUGGAUGACAUAGACCUCGCAGCUCUGAGGGAUCCUGCAGGAAUCUUUGAGCUGGUCGAGGUUGUCGGCAAUGGGACAUAUGGACAGGUGUACAAGGGCCGUCACGUGAAGACGGGCCAGCUGGCUGCCAUCAAGGUGAUGGAUGUUACAGAGGAGGAAGAGGAGGAGAUCAAAGCAGAAAUCAACAUGCUGAAAAAAUACAGCCACCACCGCAACAUAGCCACGUACUACGGUGCCUUUGUAAAGAAGAGUCCACCAGGACAUGAUGACCAACUUUGGCUGGUGAUGGAGUUUUGUGGGGCGGGAUCAGUGACUGACCUGGUGAAAAACACUAAGGGCAGCUCGCUAAAGGAGGAUUGGAUUGCUUACAUUUGCAGAGAGAUCCUAAGGGGCCUUUCUCACCUCCACGCCCAUAAAGUUAUCCACAGAGACAUCAAGGGCCAGAACGUGCUGCUAACCGAGAAUGCAGAGGUCAAACUUGUUGAUUUUGGGGUGAGUGCUCAGUUGGACAGGACCGUUGGACGAAGGAACACCUUCAUCGGCACACCUUACUGGAUGGCUCCUGAGGUUAUUGCCUGUGAUGAGAACCCUGACUCCACCUAUGAUUACAGGAGUGAUAUCUGGUCCUUGGGGAUCACAGCCAUAGAGAUGGCAGAGGGAGCUCCUCCCUUGUGUGAUAUGCACCCGAUGAGAGCCCUCUUCCUGAUUCCCAGGAAUCCUCCUCCGAAACUUAAAUCCAAAAAAUGGUCCAAGAAAUUCAUUGACUUUAUAGAGGGCUGUCUCGUGAAGACAUAUCCCAGCCGACCAUCCACAGAGCAGCUUCUCAAGCACUCCUUCAUCAGGGACCAGCCCACCGAGCGCCAGGUCCGAAUUCAGCUCAAAGACCAUAUUGACCGUACGCGCAAGAAGAGGGGAGAGAAAGAAGAGACGGAGUAUGAGUACAGUGGCAGUGAUGAAGAGGAUGAAAAUCGUGGAGAUGACAGAGAGUCAAGUUCAAUCCUCAAUGUGCCCGGUGAGUCCACCCUGAGGCGGGACUUCCAGCGUCUGCAGCAGGAGAACAAAGAGCGCUCGGAGGCUCACAAGCGGCAGCAGGCCCAACUGGCUGCUCAGCGUAGGGACCCUGAAGAACACAAGAGACAACUGUUGCAUGACCGACAGAAACGCAUUGAGGAGCAGAAGGAACAGCGUCGCCGACUUGAAGAGCAACAGAGAAAAGAGCGAGAGAUGGUGAGGCAGCAAGAAAAGGGUCCCCAUCGGAGACUCGACGAUAUGAGACGGGAGGAAGAUAGAAGGCUGGCUGAGAGGGAGCAGGAGUUUAUCAGACAUAAGUUAGAAGAAGAGCAGCGGCAGUUAGAAAUCCUUCAGCAGCAGUUGCUUCAGGAGCAAGCACUACUUAUGGAGUAUAAGCGCAAGCAGCUGGAGGAACAGCGUCAGUCAGAGCGGCUACAGAGGCAGCUGCAGCAGGAGCAUGCCUACCUGGUGUCUCUGCAGCAACAGCAGCAAGAAAAGAAGCCCCAGCUCUACCACUAUAACAAAAACUUGGAGCCUAACAACAAACCUACCUGGGCCCGUGAGGUGGAGGAGCGGAGUAAGCUCAACAGACAGGGAUCACCCAAGAUCUGCACCACUGUCUCUGACACUGCCAUCCAGUCACGCUCUGACUCAAUCAGCCAGUCAGGAGUGGUCCAGUCUGCUCAGACCCCACCAAUGCAGAGGCCUGUUGAACCCCAAGGGGGGCAAGGAAAGUUCCAGAUGGCUCACUUGGUUCCACUGAAGCCUUAUGCUGCCCCUGUCCCUCGCUCCCAGUCCCUCUGUGACCAGCCAACUAAGACCAUGUCCGCCUUCCCCACCCAGGAUCCCUCCCUUACCCCCACACCCCGCCCAAUCCACUCCAGAGAACUGGUGCGUCAAAACUCAGACCCCACUUCUGAAACCCCGGCACCACAGGUACACCAGAUCAGAGAGGAUCGCGGCCCUUGGAUCCGCCUGCCAGACGUGGAACUCCCACCCAAGAUUCCCCAGAGGACAGCGUCUAUUGCCACAGCUCUCAACACCAACCUGACCUCUGGCAUAAGGCAUCCAGUAAGAGCCAGCAAUCCAGAUCUCAGCCGAAAUGAUCGCUGGGAGAGAGGCGACAGUAUGAACAUCAUAUCCAAUCUGCCCCAGACUGGCUCUCUAGAGAGGCAUCGCAUCCUUAGUUCCUCCAAAAUGGAUUCACCCAUUCUCUCACAUGAUAGUCGUCAUAAGCCAGGGGAGUCUCGCACCUCCUCCCGCCCUGGGCGUCCUGCUAGUUACAAGAGAGCUAUAGGGGAGGACCAUGGCCUCUUUGCCAAGGAGCGUGCUGAGGAGCAGCCAAGGCCCCCAGUCAAGGCCAAUGAUUACUCCUCCUCUUCAGAGAGCAGCGAGAGUAGUGAGGAAAGCGAGAGUGGCGAGGGAGCUGAGGAGGAAGAAAGCCCCACAGACCGUCACAGGGAUGCAGACACCGAUUCUGUCAACACCAUGGUGGUUCAUGAAGAUGAAGGCGAAGGGGGAGAGGGAGAGCAAGCUGGAGGCUAUGGGGAUCAGACCAUGCUGGUGCAGAGGACCCCAGAGAAGCGGAGCCAUAAUGGGUACACUAACUUGCCAGAUGUGGUGCAGCCCUCCCACUCCCCCACAGAUUCAGCCAGUCACUCUUCCCCUGGGAAGGACUCUGUUUAUGAUUAUCAGUCCAGAGGUUUGGUUAAAGCAUCUGGCAAGUCCUCCUUCACCACCUUUGUGGAUCUGGGCAUGUACCAGUCACCAGGAGGUACAGGGGAUAACAUGUCUAUCACUGGCUCCAGGUUUGAGCAGCUGAAGAUGGAGGUAAGGAAAGGAUCCAUGGUGAAUGUCAAUCCCACCAACACACGCCCCCCCAAUGAUACACCCGAGAUCCGCAAGUACAAGAAGAGGUUCAACUCUGAGAUCCUGUGUGCUGCGCUGUGGGGCGUGAACCUGUUGGUGGGCACAGAAAAUGGUUUGAAGCUGCUGGACCGUAGUGGUCAGGGCAAGGUUUACCCCCUCAUCAACUCCCGCAGGUUCCAACAGAUGGACGUCCUAGAGGGCCUCAACCUGCUCAUCACUAUAUCAG